AGACUAACGAAUGUCUUUUGCAAGUGCCAAUUCGUUCAAAAAACGGCCAGCGGUCGGUUUCUUUCGAGUUCCAUGCGUUGUUUUGCUCGCGUCGAAAAGUCCCUAGGGCGUUUAAAUGCCGCCAUCUUUAAAUAGGAUGGCCACCAUCUUGGACCAUUUUUCACGGGUUGUUGACACGGGCAGCUCCCAGCCGGUCGCGAAAGUGUUUUGUGAUCCGAGAUUCGAGGUGCCCUCAAAUUAAUACCGAUUACCGACUGGUUGGGAGGUUAAGGGACGGGCAGGACGCUACCGUUGGUGCGCGGCGAGUGCUGCGCUGGGCGUCGAUACUCCGCUGGGCGAAAAAAUCGGUGAAAACAGGAGCGCUCUGACCGAGACGAGUAGCAGCCACCUCGGCUGACAGAAGAAGCCGAUCCGAAGAAACAGUCUCGCGGAUUUCCUGCUACGCGUCCACGAGCAAAUGUCAUUUCCCGAUACAGAGAGCCCAUCGUCGGCCACUGCACCUGCCGGGACAGGCCAUCGGUAGACCAGCCCGUCUUCGCCCUCGAAAAAUGCUCCCCUACACAUGGUGACACCUCUGGUACCCCAGGACCGAUGAAACUACGGAUCUACACGAAUGACAAUGGGCUGAAACAUCACCUGCCGCUGAAUUGCACGCAACCGACUCCUGCAUUCUUCCUAUCCUAGAACAUCACGAGCACGUCAAAGAUGGCAACGGUGGAGGAGAAGAAGCGAAUGGGGGGCUCGAAGGUCUCGGCGAUAGCGAAUAUAUUUCAGUCGAAGCCCCAGCUGGAGAACCCGAGCCACAGAUCAAACACGAUCCUGACGGACGGCUUCAAAGAGCCUCCCGCACCGUCGAAGGAGUCUCCGACGCAGGUUACGGUAGUCAGGACCGAGAGCCACGUGGCGCGAUUCAACAAUGCCAGGGCGCUGUUUGAGAAGCUUGGCGAGGAGAACAAGCCAAGUCGAUUAGCGGACAGGAUCGCCAAGCCUACGAAUCUGCACGGGCUGAGGUCGAGGUCCAGCUCGGCGAACUCUGGAUCGGGAUGCACGUCCCCGGCGAGGUCGCCCCGGCCCCGGUCUCCCUCUCCACCGGGAACCAGGGAUCACCUGAGCAACUGGAGCGCCAGCGUACCUGCCCUGAACGCCGAGAGACACUUUGAGAACGGACACUCGUACAGCUCCGAAAUGGUCUCCGACAGGUUGAGGCCUCGCGUGGGCGUGGGGAAAUUCGAGAAGAGCCCGGGUAAGGAGAACCGCCUCGACGAGCGGCCCGAAAAGCCCGAGAAACCCGAGAGACGGCUGAACUCGAAGGAGCUCAUCGAGAAGCAGAAGAACUGGACCAGCCACUUCUCCAAGACGAGACCGAGCAGGUACAACUCGGACCCGAAUCGCUCGGUCGUCCAGACCUCGCUCAAUCAGAACUCGAUCAGGGCGGCCGCUGAAGGCGCUCCAGGACACGCCACGGGCGCAGAUAACCAGGAAAAAGACGCUAAAAGACUGACGGACACGUCGAGCUGCCUCGCCACUAGGUCGGCCAGCUUCUGUUCUGCGAGGCCGUCCGCCAACGUGUCGCCGCCCCCGCCGCCUCCACCGACGAGAAACUCCUCCGCUGGGAACUUGAGGAAAGAACGACCCGCCAGCAUAGCAGCUGUCAGUCCCACCAACGCAGAGUAUCCCGGGAGUCCGGAGUAUGCCACCGUCGACGACGCCUUCGACAUCUCCCCCGGGAUGCCGGAGUACGCGGUGGUGCAGAAGGUACCUAACGCACAAGCCGCCAAGAACUCGGCAAGGAACCAGGAGCAGCGGCGAGACACGGCAAAGAGUCCGGCCAACUUCCACGAACAGAAACCUCAGGACGCUCCUGUGCCCGAGUACGCUGUCGUCCAGAAGGGCGUUUCGGGGAAGAACGCGACGAAAGGCGUCGAUGCCUCCGAGAGAACCAGUCCUCGGGUCUCGAAGCAGACCGACGAUGUCUCCGGGACACCUAAAAGCGUCCAUGCCGUUGCGACCGAUGCUCAGCACGCUAAGUCACGCGAGAAGCCCCAGGAGAAGGUUCAGAACGCCUCAAGUACCUCGACGGAUGAGAAUGUUGAGGUCAAGUCGAAAACCGAGGUGGACUUUCUGCAACCUCCGGAUAUGUUGAAUCGGCCCGCGAGCCCUUCGCGGUCGCCGCCAAAGACCUCGGAGUGGAGGAACGAGUGGCUUGCCAAGAACGAGGAGAUCUUGCGGAAUGCCUCGGACUCGAAACCUCCCAGGGAGAGCGAGACCGGGGCUAAGAAGGAGGUCUUCCGGGUCGAUUCUAGGCCGGACUGGGCGAAGCCCUGCGUGGACACUGUCAAGAGAAAAGAGAACAGGGUCGAGGAGAGGAGGCAGGAUAGAACGAGGUCGCCGGAUACGGAGCUGAGGCCGCCCUCCGGAGAUACCGAUAGCGCUUCCUCCAGCAUGAGUUCCCCUAGUUCCCCUUCCAAGGACAGCAAAGAAGAGAAGGCCGACAAAGAGGUCUCCGAGAAGAUCCAAACCGGGCGCAAUAGCUAUGACUUGGAAAUGGAAGAACCUGAAAAGCCCACGACGUACAUCGAGAAGAUCUUGGACGACGAGGACAUUGCGGAGAAGGAGUCGAAAUUUAACGAGACGGAUACCGCAACUGUUAUUCGAAGGUCCCAUGUUCGAGUGGAUUUGCCUGCCAUCGGAAUGGGUCAGCGGCCGCCAUCGAUUGUUAGUUCGGACCAGGAAUAUCCACCACUGGAACACAAGGAUAUACCGGUACCUUCGCCAUAUGCAAGGCGACUGCAGCAAAAUCAGGAAGCCAGCGUGCAGAAUAAAUCGGAACCCAAGACGCACAUUAAAUGUAACCCGGAGAGCAAAUCUCAAGUUAAGAUUUCUUCGGACGAAAAGCCCCAAAGUGGUUAUCAGUCUCAGCUGGCUCCAGAUGGCGUGUACAAAUUUCAACAAGCCACGGUAACGAAUUCUCUGCCGGAAGAAGCUGAGAAUGCUUCUCUGGAUAACCGAAAGGUAAAGCCGGAUCCCUCCAUAGAUAAACAAAUCUUGCCCGAUUCUUUGUGCCAUGCUACUAAUGCCAAGACAGUAUCUAAUGCGAAAAACGAACAGAUCAAGGUGUCAGUGAGAGAGAAGUUAGCUAAAAAUAAGGAAGAAGUGUCCGAAAAGCGGUCUAGCUUCACGGAAACUGAGUGCAAGUCGGAUUAUGUAGAUAAGUCUUCUGUAAGUGUUAAUCAGUCCUCUAGCGUCUCGAGUAGUCGAGAUAAUUCUAAUUUACUUAAGCAAUCGGCUAACAAAGAGCCCAGCCAAAUCGAAGCGCAGCCCAAUUCGAUUCACAGUUUCUCCAGAAGCGACUCGAAUAAUUCCGAGCCGGUAACGACUGCUUUUCCCGAGCAAUCGGUCACUCGUUUGCAUUUUCAAGGUAGUAACAGCGUUUUGAAUAAAAGUGCCGAUGAUUCCGAUCAGAAACAAACUACAUGGGAACAGGAGAAACAAAAGGCCGAGAUGGCGAAGUUGUGGAUGAAGGAGAACGCUACUUCGAAUGCCAAUCAGCAAAUGGCGAAGCCUCGGAUAGCUGCUAUCUCCGAUAAAAAAGUUCAGGAAAGCGACUCGAAGGAGGAACCGAAGGAAACCGAGAACAGCGUCGUGGAGGAUAGCGAUUCUAGCGAUGCCAAAACAAUUACGAAUUUGGAAAGCCUAACGUCUGUGGAAAAUCAGAAUGGGCAACAAGAAACACCUCCAAAGCGGAUGGGGAGACAGCUGAUUCCGGUCACACCGGACACCAUGACCGCAGACGAGGCGGAGAACCUAUUGAGCUCUCGUAUAUUGGAGAAGAAGAUUAGACAAGGGUCGGCUCUGCUCUCCGAUGAAGAGGCUCAAGAAAUAGCGAGGCUCUUAUCACCCACAACCACCGUUGGACUGGUUGCCGAAGAGAAAACUAGCGAUAAAAAUAAGGAUGCGGAUAAAGAAAAGGAUAGAGAGGAACUGGACAAUACCCCUGACUGGCUUUCCGACGUUCUCUCUGCUCCAGACACCAGCCUGAUUAAUAGUAUCACCCAGGACUACAGUCUGUCCCACAGAUCUCGCAGCGACCUGACCAUUGAUUCCUUGACGGAGAGUCAAGUUGGAUCUGUAACAGGUAGUGAGAGCGGACUCCUCGGAUCCGUCAGUAGCCUGAAUGACACCCAGGAAGCUAACGAAGAUACCGAAACCGAACAGCAGGACGACUACACGCCUGUUCCUGGAAAAAUUGUUUUAGUGGAGAACGGAGUCCACUACUUUGAAGAUGGCCAUUUCUGGAUGGAGGUCGCAGGCAUUCCCGAAUCCGAGGACGAGGAGGAACCACUGCCGGUCCAGGUUCCCGUCAAGAAGACUUCCAAGGUUUCAUUCGACACAGGACCCAUGCGAGUUUAUUCAACGCAUUCCGUUAACGAGUACGAUCGUCGAAACGAAGACGUUGAUCCUGUCGCCGCGAGCGCAGAGUAUGAACUUGAAAAGCGGGUGGAGAAGAUGGAGGUAUUCCCCGUUGAAUUGAUGAAGGGGCCAGAAGGUCUGGGACUCAGCAUAAUAGGAAUGGGAGUUGGAGCAGACGCGGGCCUCGAGAAACUCGGGAUUUUUGUCAAAACGAUAACGGAGAAAGGAGCAGCUGCGCGCGAGGGGAGGAUACAAGUGAACGACCAGAUCGUAGAAGUCGAUGGGAAAUCAUUAGUUGGCGUAACCCAGGCAUAUGCAGCCAGUGUCCUUCGAAAUACUUCCGGUCUGGUGCGCUUUUUAAUCGGCAGAGAACGUGACCCGAGGAACUCCGAGGUUGCAAUGUUGAUUCGGCAAAGCUUGCAAGCCGACAAGGAACGGGAGCAGGCCACUAGUGCCAACAGAAGAUUGAAUUUCUCCGACACGGUCUCACCUGACGGACAACGAGGAGGCGAGGACAGUUCAGUAGGGAGUGGUGUAGGCACCGGAGGGAUUCCUGGAUCCCCGACGAUGUCCUCCUGCUCGGAAGGAGAACCUCCUCAAAGUCCUAUCGAUACUUAUUUGUCCCCCACUAACAGAAGCCGAUCUCCGAUUAUCAGUUCCUCCUUACCAACGCAUGCUUCGCCAACGACGCAAAGUGACGUUGACAGCUUAAGAAUGCUCUUGCAGGAGAGUCAGUAUAAGCUCGCACUAGCCGAUGGAGAAGUGGAAAAGCUCAAGGCGAAGCUUGUAGAACUGGAAAACAGCGGCGCCGGCAGCGAAGAGUACGCGGCCAAAUUGCGGGAGUCCGGUCUUCGGCUUCACGAGUCCGAGAGAGCUUUGAGCACGGCUCGUCAAGAUUUGGCGGCGGCUCGAGAAAUGCUCGCUCAAGCGACUGCUCAAAGUGCGGCUCUUCAGCAAAAGUAUGCUCGUGCCAGGAGAACCGCUAGGGAACUGCGGACAGAUGUUGCGGCGAGAGAUGAGUUUUACCAACAACUUCUUCAAGAGAAGGAUACGGAGUAUAACGCGCUUGUCAAGAGUCUGAAAGACAGGGUAAUCCUCUUGGAACUGACAUUGACUCAGACGCAAAGGGAGUUCGGAUUACCGGUACGAUUACCGUAUGAUGGGGCGACCGCUAGGAUUAUGACGCCGCAACUCUCUCGUCGUCAAUUUCCACCUCCGCCGUCAUCUAACAGCUGUCAACUCUCGGACACCGAGACGUCAGAUCUCAGUAGUCCGGAUGAUGGAGACAAGACUGCCACCGUAGAAAGGAAACUACCACUGCCGUUGCCGGUUAAAGAGGAGCUGGACCGCGCCGUACCUGCUCAUCGUCUCUUGGACAAUACAGCCGGGAAAAGUAAAGCUGAACUCGCAAGCAGAGGAGGACUCGCCAAUCGGCAGCUCCCGAAGAGAUCGGGGGGCCUCAGCAAUAGUAGUUCGGAUUACGGUUUAGACGAGUCAGGUGACAACACCGACGAGGAUUCAUCGUCGAAACUCGUCUCCCACGAGACGAGCACACGUUCGAUCACGGAUUCAACCUCGAAACAAUCAAACUUGAGUUCCUAUUCCAGCAGUUCCUCGAUUUGCUCGCAGAAGAGCAAGCACUUCGAGUCCACGCAUUCUACGAUGAUUCGACAACACAGUACAAUAAGUUCACAAGUCAGAGCUAUGACGGAACAAAGUUGGCCGCCUUCUCAGAAAGGGUUAUCAGGUCCUCCCGCUUCGUUGGCCGAACAACUGAAGCAGGUUCUGGCCGAGAGGGAGAGACGACUUGGAGGAAACGACCUGUCCUCGUCGAGAGAAAGUUCAGGAGACUUCAGUGACUUAAACAAUCCGCACAAUAACGAUCCAACCCUAGUCACGCACCAUUUAGUUGAAGAAAUUAGACAAGCUGUGAGCGAGGCGAAUCAAAGAGUGAAAAAAGUAGCAGUUCCCACGCCGAAUUUAAUCGGAAGUGGAAGUACACCAUGGCAUCACCCUGGUGGCUCACCGUCGAGCUUAUCGUCGGGUGGUUCUGUGAGUCCUACAGCUGCCGAACCUAGUCCAUCUAAAACUAGUAGUGCAGAUUCCAGUGAAGUCUGGCUGCCGCCUCAUCCAAGUGACUUCGGUCUGGGUGAUAAGAAGUCUCACUUUUGGCAAAAUACUCCCAUCACCGACUGGUCCAAAGAGCAAGUUUGUCAAUGGCUGUCGGGAGUGGGUUUGGAGCGGUAUGCAUCGCGUUUCCUUGAAGCUGGCAUUAGCGGGGGAAGUCUUUUACGAUUGGAAUCUCGUGAUCUGAAAGCUCUCGGCAUUUUCGACGAAGAGAAAGCUCAUCUUAAACGUAAAUUAAAGGAACUGCGGGCCCAAGCCGACCGAGAGCGCAAGGAGCGGAAGGAAAUAGAACGUAUGCGGCGAAAAGCGGAGAAAGCGGCACGGAAAAAAUGAUUUGAAUAGCCAGGACAGUUCGGCGAUUACUAUAUGUACGGAGAGCGAAGUCAUGAAUUACCUCAGUUUGGUACUGAGCGAGAUCAAUCUAGGAAAUUUUCAAUUUUACACGCAGUUGCGUACCGUUUGUCACAUUGCCUUUUUUUUUUAGCGUACUUCUAUGUUGGACGCGCAGAUGCGUAUAAACAUCGCUGUUCACUUGACAGAGUAUUCAAUUGGACAGUUAAGUUCAUUUAGUCCACCCGAAGUUCAUUAUCUCGUUUUCGCUCGGUCAUCACGCAAUGUUGACGCAAAGUUCGAAGCUAAUUUCGUACGCUUCUGUCAAGGCGUGAAAGUUAAGAGGGAUAUUGUUAUUUUCAUAUUUUUGUAUUCUUUAUUAUAAUUUACAAUCGAUUAGUAUACUAUUACUAUUGUUAUCGUCAUCGCCGUAAUCGUUAUAAUUGCCAUUCCUGCUGACGAGUAAUAAUGACAUUCAAUGAUCAGCCAUUCGAGCGAUUAUGUGAAGUGUCACGUGUGCAUGAUUAUGGAAUAUGUGGAGAACGGGUAUGCAUGCGAGGGUGUGUAUGCCACACACGGUCGAGCUACAUUGACGAAAUUGUAACGAGAUUAGAGUGUCCCUAAUUAAUUAUCUCACAAUCGUACCUACAUGUAACGUAUCUGAGUUGGGAGGCAACAAGUAUCCCGUUGCCGUUCAUUAUUGCGUUCUCGCUUUAUUUAUUUCUAACGUUUGGACGAAUCGUAUGGAUAUAACUCGUACACGAUUAUAAUCUAAGAUUGUAGCAAAUUAUUGCUAGAGACAGUGGCUGUCUACCGUAUUUCGUGAAUUGUCAACGAAUUUCGUUUAGUUAACUCAGUAAAGUGUGUAUGUAACAGUGGUCUCGAGCGUAGACACGGGAAGGGCUUAUUUUUCCCACGUUGGUUGUCUUUCUUUUCUUUUUUUUAUCUCGGAUUUUGCUCAAGACGUCUCAUAUCAACGACUGCAUCAAUGAAUUCUUAGCAUACUUGGGUAUCACUCCUAGAGAUUCGAGGAAGGGAAUUAAAUUCGUAAAUGUACACUCCGUCCGUCGAGUAACUCACGCAUUCGCUCGUCUUUCCGCGGGUUUUCUCUCUUUCCUCGUCGCCUUCGCUCUCGUAAUCCUUUCUAGCUUUCAUCUUAGACAUUCCACGCGAACCGAUCAUCGAUGACGUCGCCCACAAGGUGUUUACAAGUGAAAUUACCUCUUCGACUUCCGUUGUACCAUCGAUAAAUGCGUGAGUGUCGCGCGGAUAUGUGUAUCGAACUUUCUCUGUGUUAAAUACCACCAACGAGUCGGGGACACGUAUUCCAUACAUUUUAUUCGUAUCGAUAACGCGCCUCGCCUCGUUGCACCGUAACCGGUAGUAGACGGACGUACGUUAACCGUGCGUGUACUUAUUUAUGAUAGUCCGUAAGUUUUAUGGCCCAUUACAAGGUGUUUUGCUUACCCGGUUGGGAGGACUCGCGUCGGCUCGUAUGUACGUCGAAAGACCAACCGUAUAAACGAAACACCAACGGCUGGGGGACGCACUUUGUAUAUACAAUAUAUAUUUAAUGAUAAUAUCGACGUUAGCGGUAAUUAUUAUCACGUAAAAUCGGCGGACCGACCGUAACAGUAGUGUCAUAAUAAUUCAUAGUGUAUACAGUUUACCUGGAUAAUCUCGAAUGUUUAUCAAUGUCCUCCAGUUUUGUACAACAGUACGGCGUACCAUUGUUUCUUAAGAGUUGAGUGCUUUACGAAAUCGCUUGCGUUAAAUACACGACGAAAUAUGGACUGAAGAUUGGGGAAUGAAAUAUUCGAAAGGGACCCGGGAACCUUGAGGAAUGAAACAAGGGUCGAUUCUUAUUGCUUCUUUUUACCAGAGCUUUUUGCGAGCGAUUGAAUGUGUAUUUUUAAAAUUUGUACGUACUAGGAAGCCUUUCGGUCACGUCCGAUCGACUUGAAUGAGGAAACGGAGGCGCGAUUUUGGGAUAGCCAUAAAAGCAGACGUUUAACAGUUCCCGACUGAUCUUUACGAUAGGUUUUUAUCUCUCUUUUCUAGGCGGUUCUUAACGGAAGACUCCGACGUUUUGUCUCGCCGUCGAUAGCCGCACGUCCGAAACGCUGAUAAAGCGAGGCACAGGCGCAAGAUGUGACGUAAUGUCCUGCGUUUUCUUUUUUAAUUAAUUAAUUAACCGUACUUUAAUUCAUCCGAAUGUACCUCCUCCUCGGAAGUUGACAUUCAACCGAGGCGCCUCAACGGGGUCCGUUGAUGCGCGGUUAUACGGCAGCUUUUUAAUAUAUCAACAAACCAUUGUCAUUACGAAUGCUCU